AUGUCCCACUUCCCCAUAAAUCAAGACGGAACUCCGCAAGACACCAUGUCGGAUCACUCUAGUACACAAACUGUAGUCUAUGGCCGAGUCCAUAAUCUACAAAGCAUCGCCGUCACAGCUUUAGCUCCACCCAAAGAUGGCUACUGGGUGAUCUUCAUCCAUGGUGGCGCUUGGCGGGAUCCAGCCGUUACAUCGUCCUCAUUCGAUGCGACGAAAUCCAUACUUCGCGACAGUAGCCUGCCUAUCGCCGGAUUCGCCUCGAUCUCGUACCGUCUCAGCGCACAUCCAAAUUACCCACAAGACCCAACAAAUACAGCCCCGAAGGACUUCCAAGAUGCGAAACACCCUGAUCACAUCCGCGACGUGGAGGCAGCGCUAGCUUUCCUCCAGAAUACAUACGCAUUCGGUACGCGUUACAUCCUGGUUGGCCACAGUUGCGGCGCAACGCUGGCCUUCCAAGCUGUGAUGGGCGCGGUAUCGCAUCAUCGUGAACAGGCAUUUGUUGGAUCCUCAGAUAAUUCCGAUAAGAGUAUCGGGUUUGUCUCUGCCUCUCCCGGUCCCCUGCCACCUGCAUUGACGGCGCAACCCACUGCCAUUGUCGGUGUGGCGGGUAUCUACGAUCUGCGACGGCUGCGGGAUACACAUGCUGAUAUCUCCGCUUACCAAGAAUUUAUUGCGGGGGCGUUUGGAGCGGAUGAGGUGCUCUGGGAUGGCAUAUCGCCGGCUCAGAUGGCUGGCUCUCGUGGAGUGGAAGGCGGGUGGAAGUCUGGAAGGUUAGCUGUCCUGGCGCAUUCCAAGGACGACGAGUUGGUGGACGGGUCUCAGGCGGAGGCCAUGAAGGAGACUUUGAAAAAUUGGGAGCAGACUGAGGCACAGAUACCCAAGCAAGAGUUGUCACACGGUGGUAGACGGGUCUGCGUUUUGUCGAUCAACGGUGCUCAUGACGAGGCAUGGGAGAAUGGCGAGCAACUGGCUCGCGCGGUAUCGUUUGCAUUCGAGCAAUUGCAAGAUAUGGGGCUGGCUCCCUAG